AUGACGUGCCCGGUCAUAAAAAAAAAAAAAAAUACAGAACUGAUUCAGAAAAGGGAGGGAAGCGUAAAGCUUCCGAAGCACGUUUCCACUGUCCAGCUUCCGAAGCACGUUACCGAAGUCACCCAGCCGUGGCUUGCAGUUCUGGGUAAUGUGCGACCGUCCUCCUCUACGACUGGCCUCUUCUGCGACCGGCUCCUCUCCGACAGCCUCCUCCGAGAGGUGUCUUGGGUUCCUCAUUUUCUGUUUUACAUUUGGCAUUCCGAAAAGUGCAAUCUGAAGUGCAAGGCCCGUCGUCCUCUCGAAAAGUGCAAGAUGGAGAAAGGGAAGGAGCAUGCAUCUUCUACUACACCUCCUACAGAAGAACAUGCAACAAAUCCAUCAACGCAGGCGAUACCAAUACAAUUUUAUCCGGAUUUGUCAAAUUAUAUGCAUACAAGCCAUCCACCAAUUCCACAUCCAUGGUUACCGCCAUUUGUGGCGCGUCCUGAUGCCAACCCAAUGACAUGGACAAGUCAGGCAAGUCCGAUAUUCCCAUUUCACUCAAGGACUAAUCCUCCGAUUGGGGAACACUCUGCAAGUUCAAGCCAUGCCCCUGAGCCUGAAAGUAUAUCACCUGAGUCUACUGAAAAAAGUAUGUCUACGCCUUCGUAUCAUGAUACUGUUGAAUCAAAUCAAAAGGACCAAUUUGGGCCAGAGCCGGCAAAUGUAUUGCAUACUGAAGGGGCCGAAAUCGUAGAGGAGCCGAAGUUGGGUAUGGUGUUUCAAUCUGAAGAGGAGUUACUUUCUUACUACAAAAAGUAUGGGAAACAAUGUGGUUUUGGGAUAAUGACACAAAGGAGUCAUAGGUUUGAGGAUGGGAGUGUUAGAUAUGUGACAGUGGGUUGUGCUCGUGGUGGGAAGGCACGGAACCGUACGUCUAAUGUCGCAAGACCACGUCCGACAUCAAAGACAGAUUGUAAGGCAAGGAUAAAUGCCUUAUUUGGAAAAGGGGUGUUGACGUUGUCGAGUGUUAACAAUACCCAUAAUCACGGCCUAAGUCCACAGAAGUCGAGGUUCUUUCGCUGUAAUAGAGAAGUCAGCGAGUCUGUUAAGAGGGUGUUAGAUAUAAAUGAUCAAGCUGGGAUCAGAAUGAACAAGAGUUUUGCCUCUCUUGUGCAAGAAGCGGGUGGGUUUGAAAACCUUCCUUUCAAUGAAAAAGACUGUCGUAACUAUAUUGACAAGGCACGGCACCUUCGACUUGGGAAAGGUGGCGCUGGAGCCCUCCGUGAGUAUUUUGCUCGGAUGCAAUAUAAGAAUGACGGGUUCUUUUCACUCAUGGAUAUGGAUGAUGACGGGCGGUUGAGGAAUGUAUUCUGGGCAGAUGCCCGAACUAGGGCAGCCUACAAAUAUUUCGGAGAUGUCGUGACAUUCGACACGACGUAUUUGACAAACAGAUAUGGGAUGCCGUUUGCACCAUUUGUUGGUGUAAACCACCAUGGCCAGUCAAUUUUGUUGGGGGCAGGAUUAAUUUCGAGCGAGGAUACAGAAACGUUUACAUGGUUGUUUCAUACUUGGUUGAACUGUAUGGAUGGUGAAGCUCCCAAGGCUAUUAUCACAGACCAAGAUAGAGCCAUGAAAAAUGCAAUAAGUCUUGUCUUUCCAAAUAGCCGGCACAGAUUUUGUUUAUGGCACAUAUUGAAAAAAAUUCCUGAGAAGCUAGGUUCACACAGUGCAUACAAGACCGGGUUGAAGAGUCAGUUGCUAAAUUGUGUAUAUGACUCUCACACAAUAGAGGAGUUUGAGGUGUCUUGGGAGGUGUUCAUUUUGAAGUAUAACUUGCAGGAGAAUGCUUGGUUGAAGAGUUUAUACGAUGAACGUACGUAUUGGGCACCAACAAACUUGAAAGAGUUUGUCGAUCAGUUCGAUAAUGCCUUGAGGAAGAAGAUUGAGAAUGAAAGUGCUGCAGACUUCCACUCAUUCAAUUUCACGAUUCCCCUCGUCUCUCCCUCUCCACUUGAGAAGAUUUUUCAAGACAUUUACACUUGCAAUAAAUUCAGAGAAGUUCAGAAAGAAGUGAUAGGGAUGCUUGCAACUCUUCCAACUCUUCACCGGAAGGAUGGUGUAAUUGCAACUUACCAUGUAGAAGAUGAAGUGAAUGUCGAUGGUUUCAUUAAAGAGGUGACCCACACAGCACACAUUAAUGAGGCCGAGUGCGAAGUGAAGUGUUCAUGUGCCUUAUUUGAGAUGAGAGGGAUUUUGUGUAGACAUGUCUUGGGCAUUUUGAGAGUUAACAAAGUCCGAUCGAUUCCAAAUAAGUACAUACUAGAUCGAUGGAGGAAAGACAGGAAACGAACUUACACGCUUAUACGAAGUAGUUAUGACGAAGUUGAUCAGAGGCCUGAAGUUUUGAGAUAUUCACGAAUCAUCAAGAUGUGCUACGAAGUAGCCACAAAUGCAGCAUCAUGUGAUGACCACACUGAGGAUAUGCUACGCAAGCUAGAAGAAAUGAACUUAAGCUACGACAGCACUCUCACACCGUCGAAGGUUGUAAGGUCUGCACUCGAUACAACGACUGAAGCAAGUUCGAAGAAAGUACUGAGUCCCCAUGUGGUGAGGGGAAAAGGCAGACCGCCGUCCCUCAGAAAAAAAUCAAUGAUUGAGCGGGUGAAAUCCACGACAAAGAAAGGUAGUCAGAAAGGAAAACGUAAACAGCCGCAUGGACUAGAAGGAGAAGUUGUUGGAACGUGUAGGAACUUAUUUGGCCCAGCAGAUAUUGGGAGACAACAAGAUGUCCCAUUUCAGCCGCCUAACAACACUACCGAGGUGUUGGACUUUAGUGCCUCCGAGUAUGGAUUAGCCGUGAAUGAGACUCAAGAAAGUAUGCCGAUUGGGGUGGAUGGAACCCAACCAGAUAUCUUGCGUUAG